CUUCCCAAGUGAAAGUUUUGAAGAUGAAAGUUCAAUUUUGUCAAUUAUAACAAUAGAGUAUGUGGAUGUUUCUAUAUUACAUGUGGUUAAUCUUAAUGAGAAUGAUAACGAGGAUGAAUUUGAUAUAGAUGACUUAGUUAAUUUGGCACUGUAA